AUGUAUAGCUUGAAAAUACUAGAAAGUCUCUAUUAUUUUUAAAAAACAAUUUAAAGAAUAAAACUAUUCUUUAAGUGCAAACUAAGGACUUAUAGUGUUGAUGUGUUAAUUUUGACUAACAUCACAAUGAGUUCAAAAGAAGCAAAAAGGUAUAAAAAGUAUUUGGAACUAGAAUCAGAUGUUCCAAUUCCGUCAAGUUCAUGGCACAGACAUAAAAAUGAACGUAAAAAAGUGAAGAAAACUAAUGUUCCUGUUAACCUUCCUGAUGACGAUCAAGAACAAGCAACAGAAAACAAUAAGAAAAUUGAAAUGAAUGUCGAUAAAGCUUGGGAAAAUAUUGAAAAUACUGAGACCACACAAUCUACGGAGGAUAAUACAUUACUAUGUGCAUAUGAGGAAGAAACUGAAGAGACGAGAGCAUCUGAAAAACAACAUCAAGAGAUUGGUUCUGACGAUGACGAUUAUUUUAUGGAUGCAAGCGAUGAGAUGUGUGAAACAGAAGAUUUUGAGGAAACUAUUGAAGACGAUCGAGAUUCAUCAAUACAGGAGGAAGCCAAAGACCUUUUAUCACCAAGAGGUUAUAAGUCCCUUUUUGAAGCUAUAAACAUCGAAGAUUUAAAAGACCUAUUAAUGUCUCUGUAAACAAAACAGUGGGAGAA